CCUUGUCUUUUGUAUUUGAUAGCCAAGUAAAUCCAUCGGCGGAGGCUUUCUACUUUCUAGAAUGCACGUGUCACUGGUUUCUCCCCCAUGUUUCUUUUACACAGUGAAGAAAAAGAAGAAAAGGACGACGACCAAGUGGUGUUACAAUAGGACACUGAAGCAUUAGCCCUUAAGUAACAGCAAGCCGAGGCAUUGUGAAGCAGAGCCCAUCUCUGAUCCCUGUACGUCUUGCUGUAUUGUAGAAACUAGAAACCCAUGGCAUUUUCGUGAAGAAAUAAAGACACCCCAAAAAGAUAUUAAUACUAUAUCUCUCUUCCUUUUCUUUUGCAGACGAGGAGGAGAUUUGUUACACUUCCUUUCUUGGAAUGCUUUGGAACGGAGAAAGAGCUUAGUACUGUUUCAUGUCUUUUUGGCUUCUGAAUUGCCGCAAUAUUUUAGCUCCUUGGGUUUUCAAGGGGAAGAGAUCCACAAAAUAGGCUGAUUUUCUUAGGCUAAACUGGAUUAUAGUAUAGACCGCCAUGUUUCACCGUGGGGGCAAUUCCAAUGAGGAUCAGGGGGAUGAUUCACUGCAACAAGAGUCUAAGGUCAAUGAGCUUAGGAAUGCCAUUGGACCCAUAACAGGACGCAGUUUGCAAUGUUGCACUGAUGCAUGUUUAAGAAGAUAUCUGGAAGCUCGGAGCUGGAAUUUAGACAAAGCAAAGAAAAUGCUGGAAGAGACGCUUAAAUGGAGAUCGACUUAUAAGCCUGAAGAGAUUCGCUGGCAUGAGGUUGCUAUUGAAGGUGAGACUGGUAAAGUAUACAGAGCAAAUUUUCAUGACAGACGAGGAAGGACUGUACUUAUACUGAGGCCAGGAAAGCAGAAUACAAAAUCAAUAAACAAUCAGCUCCGACAUUUGGUGUAUCUCAUAGAGAAUGCCAUACUUAACCUUCCAGAGGGCCAAGAACAAAUGGCAUGGUUGAUAGACUUCAAUGGGUGGUCGAUAAGCAAUAGCGUCCCUGUCAAAGCAGCUCGUGAUACUAUUAAUAUAUUACAGAAUCAUUAUCCUGAGAGGCUAGCCAUAGCAUUUCUGUACAAUCCCCCACGGAUUUUUGAAGCAUUUUGGAAGAUUGUCAAGUAUUUCUUGGAUGCCAAAACAUUCAAAAAGGUGAAGUUCGUGUAUCCUAAGAAUGUUGAUAGUGUAGAAUUAAUGAGGUCAUAUUUCGAUGAUGAAAAUCUUCCAACUGAGUUUGGGGGAAAAGCCAUAUUGGAGUAUGACCAUGAAGAGUUCUCAAGAUUAAUGGUUCAAGAUGACGUCAAGUCUGCCUCGUUCUGGGGAUUUGACAAUAAGCAUCAAGAAGCUACAAAUGGGCAUCAUGAUGCUGAGGUGGCUCCAGAGCCAAUCGGCCUAGUUCCCCCAGCUAUCUAGCUUCCCACCUUUGGUGUGUUAGUGUAACGGAACUAUGGAAGUAUAGAUCCACCAUUGUAUGUAAGCUCUUAAACGUAAACCAGCUGGUGGAUGGGUCAUUAUCUUUAUCUUUGCUAACAAAAGCUGUCAGCAUUAGCAAUGUUUAUGGGCUUCUAGGUUCGAGCUAGAAUAAUAGAAAUGUAACCAUCUUAUGUUACUUAAGGUCAAGAGGAGCCCUAUUUUUUUUCUC